CUCUCUUGCCAACGACAUAAUCAGUUUUUCCAGGUAAGAGAGAGACACAUUCUCUCCUGCUUCUCCGACUGGCUUUUCUCUAACCUGUAAUAGAUUUUGUUGAGAAAUUCUUUUUACCUCUUUUAACAAAUACUUGACUCGGUGAUUUUAGAGGACAGAAGUAGAAAAUCAAUCUUCUUGAAACAGCAAAGGUUUGGCAAUUUGGUGAACAGUUGAAGUACAUUUUCCAAUUCCCUUUAUGGGAUUGCAUAGAUACAUUAUUAAUUACUUCUUCGUGGGCCAGUGCUUGUUAGACCAGAUGAUCGUGUAUUAAUUUCUCCCGUUAUUUCCUUGCAUAAUUGAUGCUGAUGUGAAUUUUCUGCUCACAAAUUCUUGUCCGAUGUUCGGGGUCCUACAAGGUGUACUGUUGCAAGUAACUAGUUAAGUUUGUUUCCUUAUCACUUGAUCAACUAUGCAGUGACUAGAUAGACCUUUUCAAGAAAUGAAACCUUUCGAACAUCUAAUGUCGUGAUUGUCAUACAUUGAGGGACUUAUAUUUUGAGCAGUUAAUGGUCCUGUGACCAGUUUAUCUUUUGCAGUAAAAUAAUGCAAGGAUUCCGUCUUCUCAUUUAGCUUAUCCAUACAAUUCCUUCGUUUAGGGAGCAUGAGACAUCAUGCCUAAGAAGGAAGACACAUUUUGGAAACACACAGAGCGUUUGAAUGGGCGAUUUAGAUGCAAAUACUGCGGAAAAGAUUUUGCUGGGGGUGUCCCUAGAGUUAAGUCCCAUUUAUCAGGAAUUAAAGGACGUGGCAUAGAUAUAUGCCCCAAUGUCCCAAAAGAAGUCCGAGCAGCUGCUGCUGAAGUAAUUAAAGUUGGUAUCAAUAAGAGACCAAAACCCGAAAACUUUUCGAGUAGUUCCGAUGGAAUUUCUUCAGAAGUAGUAUGUGAGAAAAAUGAUAGCUGUGAGCUGGAUAAUUUGCUCGUGAAGUUCUUUCUGUCGAAUAACAUUGAUUGCAGUGUUGUUCAGUCAUCUUCCUUCAUUGACUUCAUGAAUGCUGUGGUUGCAUUUGGUGCUCCUUAUAAGUUGCCGAGUUAUUCGACACUCAAGUCUCGGCUGAUUCCCGACUUGCUUGGCAAAAUCGAAGCAGAUGUGAUAAAAGUGAAGGAAUCAUGGAAGGAAACUGGUUGCACCAUCGUCUCUGAUGUUUGGUGCAACGAGAAAGAGAAUCAGUCCUUCGUUAACAUCAUGGCCUGCUCGAGGAAAGGAGUAGUGCUACUGAAUUCGUUCAAAGUCCCAAGGAACGAGUUAGAUGGUGUUUUCUUAAAGGAAAUCAUAUGCUUUUGUAUCCAAACUGUAGGGCCAAACCAUGUAGUGCAAUACAUUAAUGGCGCUCGAAGUGGAGGACCUACCGAGGAUCUGCUCGCUAGCGACUUUCCUCAAAUAUGCAUCACUCCUUGUGUUGCUGUUGAGAUCCAGUCAAGUUUUGAGGAAGUUUACAUGGAAAUUGGGUGGGUUAAGUUGGCAUUUGAUAAAGCUAGAUGUCUCAUAACCCUUAUUUAUGGGAAUAGCGAUCUUUUGUUGCUGAUGAGGAAGUACACCAACAACAGGGAGUUAAUACAGCCUCAAGCAAUAGAUUUUUCCUCAAACUACAGUAUGCUACUGUCGAUCAUUGUUGUCAAAGAUCAGUUACUUCAACUUGUGCAGUCUUUUGGCUGUAGUAUGUCAGACCUGGUAAAAGAAGUGGCUGAAAUAAUUAGUAGCCUAGAAUUUUGGAAUCAAGUGGAAGAGAUAGUACAGGCUCUAGAGUCAUUAUUCCUAGUUCUCUAUCUAGUUGAUAAAUAUGGUUCAUCUUCUGGGUACUUGUAUGUGGCAAUGGAAAUGGCAACUGAAGGAAUAGGAAGAAUUUAUGGUGGCAAUCCAGAUAAAUACGAGAGACUAUGGCAGAUUUUCAACUCGUUGAAGGAAAAGAUUGUCCAUCCAAUACAUGCUGCUGCAGCUUUUCUAAACCCAGCAUAUAUGUGCAGUGAGUUGUUUAAGGAUAAGGCCAGAAUAAUGGAAGUCAUGGAAUUUAUAGUGAGCCACUUGGUAGCUAGCGAAGAUAAAGACGCUUUCUUGGAAGAAAUUAUUAAGUAUCACGAGAGAAGCAGAGAACCAAACAUAUUCUCAGAUACCGCGAACAGAAUGCGGAAAGUAUGUCACCCAGGUGAUUGGUGGGCUUAUUGCGUUGGGCGUGAGUUCCCAAUGCUACAGAAGUACGCCAUCCGAAUAUUAAGUCAGCCCUGCAGUGGUUCCGCUUAUAAACAGAGUUUGAGUGCAUUUGAGACUGCUCAAAUGAAGAAUCUGAGCGCAUUUACAUUUAAAGCAUCAACCCAUUUCUUUUGGAUGAAUAUGAUCUUGACCACUGGAUUUAGGGCAAUGAAUGCAUCUGAUAAGCCAAAGGAUCUUACAGAGCUCAGCGAGUUGAAGUGGAGAUUUCCUACUGAUUUCUUAAACGAGCCGGAGGUCUCCUAUUUAGAUCCACAACCAACUCACAGUUCUCUAAUAGCUGGUAUCCAUCUCCCAAGCCAGAGAUGUUUGCAGCUGCAGUUUGUAACUAGGAUUCCAUCUCUCCUAGUUACUGGUCAAGAGGUCAAAAGUGAACAAGGAUCUCCUGUCCAUGUGUUCUUGGUAGAUCGAAUCUCCGGUAAUGUGGUGCAAGACAGUGCAUUAUCGACGUUAAAUUUGACAGUUUCAGCACUUGAAGGAGACUUCGAUGAAGAAAGUGGAAAUACUUGGCAAAGGGAGGAUUUUGAAAGAAAUGAAAUAACGGAUGUCCCACUCAUGACCGGUACUCUGCAAGUGACCCUAAAGGAUGGGAUGGGAACACUUGGAGAUUUAUGUUUUAAUUACAGCUCUGAAAUUGCAAAAAGUGGGAAGUUCAAGCUUGGAGUGAAAACUCUUACAGAUGAAUGUGGAGGGAUUUGUAUUUGCGAGGGCAUAUCCAAUGCAUUCGUCGUGAGGGACGGUAAUGACACGAGAGCGCCCGAUGCUACUGCCAGCCAGAUGCACCUGCCAGAAGAUUCGCAACUAAAGAGUAUUAUGGAUGAACUGACACAACCAAAACCUUGUUCAACAGACACGAAUGCUAAUAGCGAGAUGGAUCUCGGUAGAUGGUUUGAAUUUGGACCCCUUUGGAGUCCACUUGGUUGCAAGCAUAAGCAGAACCACAACGUCAAAUCAGGGCAGGGAGCAAUGAGAUGGCCUAAGCUUAAAGCCGUGAAAGUUUCACCAUGGGCGACUCUGAGGAGAGCUGUCAUGGAGAUGAGAGCUCAGAAAAUGCUUAGUAGGACCCAAGUGCAGAAGCAAUUGGAAGAAUGUAUAGAAGGUCAAGAUUGGGUUCAGGAAGAAUUCAGACGGUUACCACUAGCUAAGGAAAAGCAGGGCAAAGAUAAACGGAAGGAAAUCUCCGAGAAGUAUGUGAUAUCGAAGGCGCCGACUCAAGUGGCAAGUCAUCCUGAGGAGUAUUCCAAGGGCAAAUCUGGAUCUGGGUUGGAUGAGAAGGACAAGAAGCCGAUGUUGGUGGAGCCUGCUUCAGAAGAACUCGAAUUAGCAAAUUGUGAUGAUUCAACUUUGGAAGGCACCGCAGCAUUUCCAAAUCCGAAUACCUCAGAAUUAAGUCAACCUUUGACUCUCUUCCCGUCGCUAUUGGCUUGCAAAGAUAAGAAGUUUCUUGAAGAUGAGGAGGCUGUCGAGCCAUUGGGAUUGGAAGAACGUCCGUCAACAGUAGCAAGCUUCUCAUGUGCUGGAGGCUCUAUUCCUCCAAAACAGGAUAGCUCAUGUCUGAGUCAAUCAUUGAUGCUCUUUCCCUCGUUACUGAUCGGAGACGACACAGAGGUCGGUGAGGAUAAGUCACCAGAUCUUCUUGAGCAUUCUGCAAGACAAUCAACAAGUCCAACCAAAGCUAAUGAACGAGUUGGCAUGUCUAAGCUCAACAUAGGCAAGUCUACAUGCAUGUAAUCUUAUUCCGCCCUCUCUUCAAUUUAAUCUUCCAUAUGCUGAUACAUAAAGUUAGAGCUUUGCCCAUCCGUCUCACUUUCAUUUUCCAAAUAUGCCCCUCCUACAAUUCUUUUAUUGAAAAAAAAAAAGGUUUGUCCAAUGAGGUUUCUUCUGUAAAUUAAACCAACCGCCUCUCGAGUAAAUAUUGAGUGAGUAUUACUCAUUCAUUUGGAUGCGUAACACCCACCUAAUGGAAAGUAAGAAAUUGACCUUACAACAGGCUCAAAUUUUCACUGACAAGUAUUUUGAUUAGUUAUUCCUCAUUCCCAUUGAAUAUUUUCUUUCUCGCCUCGAGCGGUUUUCCUUUGUGCACUUCCUCCAAAAGCUGCACUUCUCAUCAAGUCGUCAUCCCUACAGUUACUUUCUGUCUUCUUCUAUUCGUCCCUACCCUUCGGCUUUCCCUUCUCUUGAAGAACACAGGUUAGGUACGAUGAUGAGGCAGUCAUUUUUUUUUGUAAUCUUUCUUCUCCCUGCAUUUAUGGCUUCUCCAUGAGUUUAAGGGGAAAUGGCCUGAAAAUAUUUAUGGCUCGCUCAAGCUUCUAUGACUAGUAUCGUGUCCUUGGCUAAUGCUCAAUCUGGACAAUCGGAAUAUGUUCCUUCACGCCCUCAACAGUUACUUCCUGCUCCAAUUCCAGUUAGAGGUGUGAGGUUCGAAAAUUUAAGCACUGAAUACAGUUCCAUGUAUCCUCAAGCUUAUUGUGCACAAUCU